GCUUAAGCUCCGCACGGCGCAGGGAAGGUUUGCGCAUCAACCGAUCACUUGGCCUAGUUUGGUUGAUGGCCGAAACCUUAAAGCUGAACUGGUCCCUCCUCGCAGAGGCGUUUUCAUUCCUUCGACCGAAUCGAAAUCUCUACAUACAAUCUUCGGUAAAUACCUGGUCUCCUUCUGGUGAAUCUCUCGCCUUCACCCAAUAUAGCGAGCGACAUGGAGCUCACGCUUAGUCCUUCAUCGCCCACCUUGCUUGCGCUGCUACAGCGACCAGACGAUGCACAGUUCACUCAUCAUGUUAUUUUUCACUUGCGUCCCUGUGAGCUGGACAGCGACGAUAUGCGCCAAGUGAUCAAGAUCAUCUGUCAGAUGAGCUCGCUUCGCAAAGUCGAAAUAUGCUACCGCGUCGGGAGUCCAGUUCUUGACUUCAUACAUCAAGUCGCGCCAUCAUCCUUUUCGCAACUCCAAGCCUUCCGCCUUCAGCCGGAACCCCUCGAAGGGCCGAGUGAUUGGAAACAAAUGGACAUCUCCGCCGUCCCGGUCUUGCAAAUAUCUGACCUGCCUGAAGCUGAGGAGCUGUAUUUACAUGGACUAGAACUUACGAGCAAUUCUAGUGCAGCAGACCUUGGCAGAUCAUUCCAGACUCGGCGACUUACAUUGAAGGAGUGCCAGAUCAAGGCACCAGAGCUUGGCCUGCUCCUGAGUCACAGUCCAAGACUCACCUCGCUGGACUGCGGCGUCUUGAUUGAUGCCGAAAAAGCUCGCGAAUGGUUUGACCUGACCAUGAUCAAACAGGGGCUGGCAUCCUUUUACUCUACCUUGAAACAUCUGAGCAUCUCAUUCGAGCUUGCCACGUCGACGGCAAUCGAUACCGGGAACGAAGGAACUUGGGGCAUACGAUCAUCCUUGACGUCACUGAAGUCAUUUUCGCAGCUGCAGAGCCUCGAAAUUAGCUUUGUCACGCUUCUGGGCUGGAACGCCUCAAGCGCCCCGAGUCUAUCAGAGGUCCUGCCUCAAGGUCUCCAGCAAUUGGUGCUCACGCGCGACGAGGCAUUCUGGUGGGGUUACCAAUGGGAUGAAGGUUUUGCGACGGGGACGAUCAGGAAUAUGAUCCAAAAGUAUGUUGAGCCGCGCCAGGGUCACUUGCGGGAGUUAGCUCUGCAUGUUCCCGAGGGGAUGGGAAGUUUCGAGAUCGAUGUCCCUCCCACCCGGGACGUCAAAGUGAAAAUCAUAGAGGACGAAUUUUAGCGUCACAUUAAUCCGAAGACCAAUGCGAAACGGUCCGCGUUCAAGUCAAAUCGUGACCGUCCAUAUGCAAGUCAUUGAAAUAAACAUCCAGGCGAAACGUCCCGCUUCAUAGCCCCACCAGGCUCAGACACUAGUCGUCAAUUAACUUUGCAGUCCAUACCAUAAAUAUAUCCUGCCUUCUAC